GUUUGAAGUUAAUUCGCGCCUAAGUUGAACAUAAUCACAACACUUAGGACAUUGCCAGCAAUGCUUGCCGUACAUUCAGAACAAAGUGGUACAGUCGAACAAAAAGGUAGGAGUACUAAUGGGAGCAAAAUAUACAAGAAGAUCGAGCUCGGACAGCUUACUCCUCAUAACAUCAAACAAUUCAGAUUGAUAAAUCAAACUGUAUUCCCAGUCACAUACACAGAGAAAUUUUAUAGUGAUGUUCUAAAAAAUAGUAAGAUGUGCAGACUUGCUUACUUUAAUGAUAUCGUCGUCGGAGCUGUUAGUUAUCGGAUAGAGAAUGUUGUGAAGAAUGUCGAUAUGGCUACGGAUGAUAAUAACGGUCAAGCUAAUCAAACCGUCAAGAAGUGUUAUAUUAUGACUUUGGGAUGUCUUGCACCAUACAGAGGCUAUGGUGUUGGUACGCUUAUGUUAAAACAUGUCAUUAAGAGCUGUUUAAAGCACGGUGGUAUUAAAAGUAUUUAUCUGCAUGUUCAUGUUGAUAAUGAAGGCGCAGUAGCGUUCUACAAACGUUUCGGUUUUGAAAUAACUGGAGAAGUUAGUGAUUACUACCGCCGUAUUCAUCCUCAAACUGCUUACGUGCUCGAAAGGUCCUUAUCAGCUACAGAAGCUAGAGAAUCUGACUCAGAAUCCGAUUAAACUCUCACUCUAUUGUAAAUACAUUAUUUAUUUACACUGUUAAUAAAUACACCAACAGCAUCUUGUCCA